AUGCCUCAUAUCAAAGAGCUCAAUGCUCAUGAACGACCCCCUGAGGCCAUCCGACAACGCUACAAGACUCUUCAAAAGGCCACGAUUUCUGAGAUCAAUACUGAUGGGACAAUAAUUGACCUAAAGGCUCUGAAUCCCAAUGAUCUUCCAGACAAUAUAUCUCUGUCGCAUUGCGUAUCGAGUCAGAACCUUCGCCCGAUUCUCCAGCAGUUUGCCAGAGAACAUGAGGACUCUCCUCCUGAAACCAUACCUGUCUAUACACACAAGUCCGUCUCUGGUUUGCAAAUGGUCCCUUCCAUAUUCCCUUCUGCCGUUCAAGUAGAGUUACUCUCUCGAUUGUUCCAUCGCGAUUUGUCAAAUCCGGAGCAUCGGACCAAUCUUCACCUGCAUUACCACGUCACCUACCCUGGUCAAGCUGCAAGUCAACCCAACACCGCCGUGUCCCCACCUGAAGAUGGCUCCACCGUGCCACAGAUUGUCUCUUUCUUUGAAGACGAUCCAUCUAGAGUCUUAUUUCCCAAAGACCCGCACGUCCAUAAACCGGUUACCGUUCAGCAAAUGCUCACCAGGAAGCUGCGCUGGGUGACCCUUGGUGGUCAAUACGACUGGACUGCUAAAGAAUAUCCUUCGGGACCCCCGCCUGCAUUUCCUGCUGAUAUUGCCAAUGUGCUGCACGCAGCCUUUCCUCAAACAAAAGCCGAGGCGGCCAUAUUGAAUGUUUAUUCCCCUGGCGACAAUCUGAGCCCUCAUCGGGAUGUCAGUGAGGAGUGCGAUGUGGGCUUGAUCAGCAUCAGUUUCGGCUGCGAUGGCCUCUUCUUGAUCAGCCACGACGAUGGGACUGAUUGUGAGAUCAUCCGUCUUCGCUCGGGGGAUGCCGUGUACAUGGAUGGCACCUCUCGCUUUGCAUGGCACGCAGUACCGAAAAUUGUCCCUGGCACUUGCCCGGAAUGGUUGGCUGAUUGGCCAUGGUGUACCUCCAACACAACUGAUAAGACACAAUUUGGCAAGUGGAAGGGCUGGAUGGCCGGCAAGCGAGUAAAUUUAAACGUCCGACAAAUGUCUGCGACUGAGUCUCAUGGUUGA